AUGUCUGCUGAACUCCGCCGAAAGCUCGUCAUCGUUGGCGAUGGUGCCUGCGGCAAGACCUGUUUGUUGAUCGUCUUCUCCAAGGGAACCUUCCCCGAGGUCUAUGUCCCUACCGUUUUCGAGAACUACGUCGCCGAUGUUGAGGUUGAUGGCAGACACGUUGAGCUCGCGCUAUGGGAUACGGCUGGUCAGGAGGAUUAUGACCGUCUCCGCCCCCUGUCCUACCCCGACUCUCACGUCGUCUUGAUCUGCUUCGCCAUCGACUCCCCCGAUUCGCUCGACAACGUUUCCGAGAAGUGGCAUUCUGAGGUUCUCCACUUCUGCCGUGACGUCCCAAUUAUUCUCGUCGGCUGCAAGAAGGAUUUGCGCCACGACCCCAAGACCAUCGAGGAGCUCCGCAAGACCAGCCAGAAGCCCGUCUCCCCUGAAGAGGGUGAGGCUCUCCGUAAGAGGAUCAACGCCCACAAGUACCUCGAGUGCUCGGCCAAGACCAACGAGGGUGUCCGUGAGGUGUUCGAGAACGCGACAAGAGCUGCCCUUCUCAAGAAGACAAAGACGAAGAGGGGCCUCUGCAAGAGCUCGGUCUAA